UCAAAAAUUAAAAACGUUGUACAACAUUUUUCGGCUGCUUAACACUAGCGUCAGCCAUUUUUUUCACGCUCAAAAAAAAGUCGUGGAAAACGAAGAAAAGUUUACGAAAACGGCGCUUAGCGACUCGAAAAAGUUCGUAGAGACCAACCAAAGCAUGCAAAACUGAAGUUCGUGAGUGUCCGCCGUGAGUGAAACAAAUAUCUGAAGAUGGAAACCGUCGUGGCUUUCAACAAUGAGCUCUCCGGACUCUAUGACAGCCGACCGCCCAUAUCCAAGGCCAAGAUGGCUGCAAUCACCAAGUCGGCGAUGCGCGCCAUCAAGUUCUACAAGCAUGUCGUGCAGAGCGUGGAGAAGUUCAUCCUCAAGUGCAAGCCGGAGUACAAGGUACCCGGCCUGUACGUCAUCGACUCGAUCGUCCGCCAGUCCCGCCACCAGUACGGCACCGAAAAGGACGUCUUCGCGCCACGCUUCCAGCGCAACCUUCCAGAGACCUUUGCCAAUCUCUUCCGCUGCGCCCCCGAGGACAAGAGUCGCAUCAUCCGAGUGCUGAACUUGUGGCAGAAGAACAACGUGUUCAAGUCGGAGGUCAUCCAGCCCAUCUUCGACCUGGCCGAUCCCAACCAUCCCAUUUACCACCAGAUGCCGCCGCUGAGUGCCAGUGGUGGGCCCGGAGGCAGCGUGGGUCCCGGCCCGAGCAGUAGCGGUGCCCUCAGCUUGGCUGACCUGUCGAGCGGACCGAACGGUCUCAACAGCUCCAGCAUGAGCAUGGAGCUCAGCUUAAAUAACGCCGCUGCGGAAGACAAGAUGGGCGGAGCCAUGCCCGACCUAUCGCAUGGCCACGAGAAAUACAGCAGUGGUAGUGGUAGCUCCAAGCGGUAUUAUGCGGAGCAGCACUACGCCAAACGUCAGUCGGUGGCCUCAUGCUCGUCCAAGUCGAGCAAGUCGCACCAUCACAAGCGGGAGUACGUCAAGGGCAGUCAUGAAAUCGAGUAUCAAGUGCGGGAGUUCAUCGAGGAAGAGGACGAGGGCAUGCAAAUGAUGAUGGCGGACGAUCACCACUGUAUGGGCGAUGACUCGCCGCCGACUUCAUCAAAACUGCUAGACAACAACAAUCUUAAGCAACUGCUAAACGAUCCAAAUGUGCUGCGGCAGCUACAGACCCUGCAGAACUUCCAGAAGUUUAAGCAGCAGGAGGAGAACCAAAAACACCGCUACCCCGACGACACACUCCAACAGCAUUUCCAAAACGUCUUAAAGAGUUCUGGUGGAAUGCCGCCGGGCAUGGGCAUGGGCAUGGGUAUGGGCAUGGGCAUGAACCUCAACGACGCCAUGGACCUCAACAAGGACGUGGAGUUCAUAUCGGAGCAGCAAUCCAUUGAGGUGAUCAACCUGGAUGGCGCUGAUUCGCGGAGUCCGACUCCGGAUCGAGAUCGCUACAAGCGCAGCCGCCGGAGCAGUCGCAGCCGAUCGAGGUCGCCACGCGGACGAGGAGCCGGCGGUGGAGGCGGAGCUACCGGCACGGAUCGUCGUCGUCGCAGUUCUCGAUCGAGGUCGCGAAGUCGAUCGCCACGUUCCAGCCGCCGGCGAGGAUCUCGCGACCGGGAACGCAGCAACCGGGACAAGGAGAGGGACCGUGAGCACGAGCGUGAGCGGCGGAAGAAGGGCCUGCCAGAUAUCAAGAAGGAGCACCUCAGCGUUUGCAGCACCACGCUGUGGGUGGGCCACCUCUCCAAGCUUGUCUACCAGGAGGAGCUGUCGGACACCUUUGGCGAGUAUGGUGACAUCGUGAGCAUCGACCAAAUCAUACCGCGCGGAUGCGCCUUUAUUGUAAUGAACCGGCGCCAGGAUGCGCACAAGGCCAUGCAGGCACUAAAGAACCACAAGCUCCAGGGACGCGCCAUCACCAUCUCGUGGGCGGCCGGCAAGGGCGUUAAAAGCAAAGAGUGGAAGGACUUCUGGGACUUGGACCUGGGCGUCACUUACAUCCCAUGGAACAAGCUGAGUCCCGACACCGACUUUGAUGCUUUGGAGGAGGGCGGCAUGUUUGACGAAGACACUAUGCCCGGUUGGAUGAACCAGAAGAUCAGCCAGGCCAAAAAUCAUGCAAAAGAACCACAAGUGGCCACAUCCGUCUCGGAGGUGCCCGGACCUGCGGUGGGGGUGCCUCCGCCGGGUCUCAUAUUUGGAAUUGAUACCACACAGCCGCCGCCAGUGGGACCAGUUGGUCCUCCACCCGGUCCGGGAGGACCUCCGCCGGGGCUAAUGGGCAUGGUGCGGGGUCAGUUCCCGAUGGCCCCGCCCAUGGCUCUCAACAUGCCGCCGCCCAUGAUGAUGCCGCCAACUAAUAUGCCGCCGCCAAUUAUGAUACCUACGACCAACAUGCCUCCACCGAUGAUGAUGCCCCCCAACAUGAUGCCUCCAGGCUUUCCAGGUAUGGGCGGACCUCCGCACCCUAUGGGCAUGCCUCCGGGAGCGCCUUAUCCUCCGCCAGGGGCAGUACCGCCGCCCAUCGCUGGCGGCGGACAGCCACCACUUGCCGGUGGCGGACCACCGCCCAUUUCUGGCGGCAUACCGCCUCCGAUUGCAGGCAACGUGCCGCCGCCAAGUAACAACAGCGGCAAUGUGAGCGACGAUCAAAUGGACAUCGAAAUGGACCUGGAGGACGCCCCGCCUCCACCGCCCAAUCAGCAGCAGCAGUCCAUGGACGCGGCAGUUGCGGCCGUGGCCAACGAAAUGUUUCAGCGGGAUAGAGAACGCGACAGGGAUCGUGAUCGAUCGCGUGGGCCAGGCGGUGGGUCACGUUGGGGAGGCCGAGAGGACGUGGCAGAAGCGGCUGAACGUUGGCGUGCAGAGAACGGUGGAGGGCCGGGAGGACCACCUGGGCAGGGCCAAGGACCCAACGCCGCCUUCAAUGAAGCGCGUGCGCGUCUUAACCUAAACCCAAUUGAACACGGAAUGCCAAGACCCGAAUUUAUGGGCAUGGAUUUUGAUAAUCGAGGCGGACCACGGGGAAUGGGACCUCGAAGCGGGAACCACAAUGGAGGACCAGGUGGACCCGGUGUGCCAGGAGGACCUGGUGGACCAGGCGGUCCCGGAGGCGACUUCUUCCCUCCCAACUUGAAUCACAACCGAUUCAAUCAGCCCACUAGCCUGAUGCAAAUGCGCAUCCCACCACCGGCGGUGUUCAAUCAGCGCAUGGGCGGACCAUCUGGCAAUGGUGGCAAUGGAGUCGGCCCCAUGUUCAUGCGGAACCAGGGUGGUGGCGGUCCAGGUGGUGGUGGUCCGGGCGGACGUCAGCAAGGACCAGGUUUCUUCAAUCCUCGAAAUCCCUUCAACGACAACCAACGCGGCGGCGGACGAGGAGGCGGCGGCCGUGGUAUGGGCGGUGGAGGAAGAGGAGGUCGUUGGAGCGACGAUGAAGACGACGGGGGAAACAACUUCAAGCGCCGUGGUGGUCCCGGUGGUCCUGGUGGACCUGGAGGGCCUGGCGGACCCGGAGGGCCCGGAGGUCCCGGUGGCAACCGUUUCAGAGGAGACCGCGAUAUGGGAGACGACCGUCGCGGAAACAAUCAGCGCGGAGGUCGUGGCCAACGUGACGGUCCGCGUGAUGGGCCACGAGAUGGCCCACGUGAUGGCCCUCGCGAUGCCCAGCGUGAUGGCCCAGAUCGUGAGCGUCAAAACUUUGGAAACCGACGCGGUUCGCGAGAUGAUAGCAGCCGUUUCUCAGUAAGUUCGUUGGAAGACGGCACCAAGCCAGCUACAGAAUCGGAGAGCAGGCCCAAGACAGUAGAGAAGACACAAGGACCGCCUGGAGCCACGGGGGCGGUUGACACCGAGGAGGACUGGGAUCGCGAGCUGCAGGACUACGAUGCCCGGACAGAGGCGAAGAAGCCAGAGUCAAGUGCUGCCCAGCCCCUGGAAAGUGUGGAGAGUGAGCCACCGGCGAAGACAGAGGAUUUCGCGAAGCCAGCUGAUGUAGUAACCGAUUCUUCGGAACCGAAGCCCCAAAAUGAUGCUUCACCCGCCUGCACGCCUCUUUAUGAUGAGAUACCAGCACCUGUUCGGGACACGAGAGAGGCAGACGACGAACCGGCAGCUGAGGCUCGGCCUUCUCCACCUCGAUCCCUUCCGGAACCAGAGGUGGUUAUUCACACAGAGGCUGCGCCCAAAGUAGAUUGGGCUCCAGCGCCGGCAGCUGAGCCCCAGGAGGAUGCCUCGACUGCAGAGGAUCCAAGUGAACCAGUUGCCGCUGCCGCUGAUCCAGAUGUGGCCGCUGCUGUGGCUGCUGCCGAUACUGCCGAUGAUGCAACUGAUGCAUAGGACGACCGACGGACGAACCAACCAAGGAACAAAUGGCCCUCUUGAGCAAAUUAAGGCGAAACUGUAAUUUAUAAUUUCCUUUAAAAAAGAAACUAAAUGUAACUACAUACAUGCGAAAAUAUUACAAUUUUUAUAGUGAGAUUACGGCGCAUUUGUGGACGAGAAUGGAACGGUUGCUUUUAAAUCGGUUACUUCACUAACAGGGGACUUCUUUAAAACUACACACACUUUGUAGUUCAGAUACACAAAUACCGAUAAACAGAAUGUAGCAAAUAAUUAGCAAAACAGAUUGAAUGGACAGGAAAUUGACAGGAGCGGCAUGAAAAGAGCCCAAUCAGAAGAAUCAAUUGCAACGCUGGGAAUGUUUAUUAUUUUGUUAUGUAUUUAGUUUUAAGAGUCUAUUUAACACUCAAAUUGUUUCUAAUGCGCAGAUUUUAGGUACACGCAUAAUAAUGUACAAUUCAAAUACACCUAUAUUACCGGAUACUUUAAAAUAAAUAAAAAAAAAUCAAA